AUCAGACUGGAGAAAGGCUCAGGAGUGACAUGAAGUGACCUGCAGUGUUGUGUGGAAACAAAGGGUUCUAGGCAUCCUGUGGGACCCUACAUAGAACCUUUAUUCCAGAUGUGCAUAGAUUUGUAUUCCUGUACGGACAAAAGUAUUGGGACACCUGACCUGUCCAGCUGUAUAUGGUUCAGAACACAAUUGUAUCGGAUGUCUCUGAAUGCUGGAGCAUGAAAUUUUCCCUUCGCUCGAGACCCAAACCUGUUCCAGCAGUGCACAAUGUGCACCAAUCCUGCUCCAUGGAGAUCUGCUUUCCAUGGGUUGAAAGAUGUGGAAGAUCUCCUGCUAUAGAGCUCCAACACUGACUGCACCCCAGGAACCUCCUCACAGCACCUUCAUCAAUACCUGACUUUUCUUACACCCUUGUAUCUGAAUGAAUCACCACAAAAUCUAGGGGAACAUCUUCCCAGAAGAAUGGAGCUUAUUAUUACAGUGCAUGGAGACUAAAUGUGGAAUGGGAUGAUCCAUGAUCUUAUGAACAGAAACUACAACUUAGAUCUUCAUCAGGAAUCUAGAACACUUUUUAUGGAAAGGAUGUCUGGAUUAUGAUCUCAUAUGAAUCUCAUGCAUCCAGAGAUGUUCUCUACCACUGUGUGUCUCCAACCUUUGGAGAAGAACCACAUACUGUAUGUGUGGAAAAGUCAGGUGCCCCAAUACUAUUGACUACUCUGGUUUUCUCCAACCUCCUGAAAACAUGCCAGUUGGUAGAUGUGUGUGUGUGUGUGUGUGUGUGUGUGUGUGUGUGUGUGUGUGACGUCCUGCAGUGGAGUGAAACAUGAAUUCCGAUAGGCGCUCUAGAUGAAUGAGAUUAACGAGUCAUUAACCCCCGUGGUGGUGGAGGUGUUUGUGCGCUGACCCGUGGAUGCUCGUUCUGCUCGCUCUUCCAGCUGGGUGCUGUGAUCUCUAAACCUAAAACCUCCUGCUCCUACGCCUUCAAGUUCCUCGACCCAAUCACGCGAGGUCACACAACACCCCUUUUAUAUGCACAUAGCUCAGCAGACACUAGCGAGCAGAGUUAGCAACAAGCUAGUCAGCCAUUAUUAGCAUGCAGAAUUCGCAACAAGCUAGCUGUGAAUAAAUAUCAGUGUUAGCAGCAAACUAGCCAGCGAUCAAGACGAUAACAAGCAAUUAGCAACAAAAUUAGCCAGAGAUCAGUAGCAAGCAGUGUUAGCAGCAAGCUAGUUAGCAAUCAACACCGCAGUGUAAGAAGCAAGCUAGACAGUGAACAAAACAAUAGCAAGCAGUGUUAGCAACAUGUUAGCUUGCAACGGAUAGCAGUCUUAGCAGUCUUAGCAGUCUUAGCAGCAAGCUAGUCAGCGAAUAAAACAAUAGCAAAUAGCGUUAGCAACAAGUUGCCAGCGAUCAUUAGCAAACAUUGUUAGCAGCGAGCUAGCCAGUACACAAGACAAUAAUAUUCAGCAAUUUUCUGAUGCUAAUGCCAAUUUGGCACAACGUGAUUUCUAUACAAAUGUCAAUGUGGGUGGGGCCUGUCAGGAGGGGGCGUGUCUAUAAAGCUUGCAUCACAACACCAGAACUCAAGGCUGCAGGCUGUGAGUGACGUCACAGUUCCUUUCCGUUUUUUCCAAACGAAGUCCACCUGCGGUGACGUCACCAGCCCUAGGAGCUUUUUCACCUGACACUCUCGCUUCCCCCUUCUCGUGGGCAUGACGUAAUGGCGAGGGGGAGGGGUUCAAACCAGUGGGCGGAGGAGUGGGCGGGGCUUGCGGUGGCGCUCCCAGUGUGCGGCAGGUUUGUCGCCCGCGCAGGAGUUGCGCUGUGCCUGGGCAGCACGCGCGCGUCCGCCGGCGCAACUUACCCCGCACAGCAGCGCAGCUCGCGCACCUUCUCCACACCUGACGCAACUUUUUCCCCCAGGAGGCUCAAACACACACACACACACACACACACACACACUGGAGCACGCGGAAUGUCUCUUUGAAUGAACCUGCGUGGAGAAAUCAUCUCGGUUUCGGUUCCCAGUUGGUGUUUUUUGGAUGAAAAGGACGAGGCUGUGUGACUGCGCAACUUCUCAUUCAUCUCCAUCAUCUUCAUCAUCUUCACCAUCUUUUCGGAAUCCUGCUCUGCAACAGGGAAUUAUAAGAAUCAUGUCGUCCAGGUUUCUUCUCCACGUCGUACUUCUGUCCGUGAUGCACGCACGUUCUCAAACCCUGGCGUCUGAGGACGAGGAGUACGACGAUGUGACCGUGAGUCAGAUGCUGUCACCAAAAAAGAACGAGAUGGACGCCACUCAGAUCCUGAACAACCUCCUGAAGGAGUACGAUAAGAAACUCCGCCCUGACAUCGGAGUUAAACCAACCGUCAUCGACGUCGAUAUCUUCGUUAACAGCAUCGGACCCGUCUCCUCGAUAAAUAUGGAGUAUCAGAUCGACAUCAUCUUCGCCCAGACGUGGACAGACAGUCGGCUCAGAUACAACAGCACCAUGAAAAUAUUAACCCUGAACAGUAAUAUGGUGGGACUGAUUUGGCUUCCAGACACCAUCUUCAGAAACUCUAAGAACGCAGACUCGCACUGGAUCACCACACCCAAUCAGCUACUCAGGAUAUGGAAUGAUGGAAAAAUACUGUACACGCUCAGGCUGACUAUAAACGCUGAGUGUCAGUUGCAGCUUCAUAACUUUCCCAUGGAUGAACACUCCUGCCCACUCAUCUUCUCCAGCUAUGGAUAUCCACGAGAUGAAAUGAUAUACAAGUGGAGGAAGAACUCAGUGGAAGCGGCUGAUCAGAAAUCCUGGAGACUGUAUCAGUUUGACUUCAUGGGUCUGAGGAACACCACAGACGUCCUCAAGACCACAUCAGGUGACUAUGUGGUGAUGACGGUUUAUUUUGACCUGAGCAGAAGGAUGGGUUACUUCACCAUCCAGACCUACAUCCCCUGCAUCCUGACCGUCGUCCUCUCCUGGGUCUCCUUUUGGAUAAAAAAAGAUGCAACGCCUGCCAGAACUGCUUUAGGAAUAACCACAGUGUUAACCAUGACUACGCUGAGCACCGUGGCCAGGACAUCGUUACCAAGAGUUUCGUAUGUCACUGCCAUGGACCUCUUCGUGACUGUGUGUUUCCUCUUCGUUUUUGCGGCUCUCAUGGAGUACGCCACCCUCAACUAUUACUCGUACAGUAUUCGCAGGCCGACCUGUAACAAGAACAAGAGACCGAACUACUCGGUGCUGGAUGUGGGACCUCCUUCAACAGUCAUCGCUUUGAACAACUCCAUGUACUGGCAAGAAUUCGAUGACGCCUGUCUAUACGAGUGCCUGGAUGGAAAAGACUGCCAGAGCUUCUUCUGCUGCUACGAGGAAUGCAAAGGAGGGGCCUGGAGAAAGGGCAGAGUUCACAUAGACAUCUUGGAACUGGACGCGUACUCACGCGUCUUCUUUCCUACAUCUUUUCUGUUGUUUAACAUCGUCUACUGGGUAGGCUACCUCUAUCUUUAGCAAUCCACCUGUUUCCUUUUGGACUUGACUUGGGCAGGACAAGACUUUUUUUUUGCACCAAGCGACAGAACUUUAUUAAGAACUUUGUUUCCGGCAAGUUGGAAAAAAUAACACUUUGCCAUAACAAAGUUACAAGCAGAUACUUUUUAAGCCCUUAAAGCUUCGGAGUCCGGCUCUUUCUACACAGUCGGAAGUCCACAGGCUUUUUGUCUGGUAGCAUUUUCCUGCCAGAAUUCUUUGCCUUUGUUCUUCAGGUACCAAGGAAAAAAAAGUUCACUUAUCACAGAAGCGUGAUCUUUUGUUUUGUUUUGUUUUGUUUUGUUUUGUUUUGUGUUUUUACGAGAAAGUCGUAGUACAAGUGGAUAAAGCUGCUCUGAUGGAGGGGCUUGGAAAGCCUCGCACAGCAUGACCCCAUGACAUCUGAACACCAAGCUGAAGACCAGUGAUCAGUCAAAACCGGGUGCGGAGGAGCCUUCAGAGCCAUCCACAGUGCCUUCUUCUGGAUGGGGUAGCUAUCUGCCUGAGAUAGAGAGAGAGAGAGAGAGAGAAAAGAGAGAGAGAGCAGAAUCCUUUUCAGAGACUUGUCCAGCUUCCGGUUUUGACUGAACGCUGAUGUGGUCACUAUGUGUGUUAUUAUUAUUAUUUUUUUUUUUUUUCAGCUUUCGUUUUUUUUGAUGAAGUCAUUUCUCUGAAGUUUGACGUCAUUGCAUGCUGUUUAUGAAUAAUAUUAAACUCCACUUUGAAACUUCACGCCAACUGUUAGUACGAGAAAGUAGCUUUUUAUUGGAAUAUCAUAUUAUAGGCUAAUUGUUUAGGAAUAUUUAUAUUUAGGUAGAGAUUUUUUUCUAACACAAAUGAAAUCAGAAGUUUCACUAAAACGUAUUUAAAUCUGUACAUUUUGAUUCACUGCAGUAGGAGUUGCAUGUGUUCUAAUAGCUCAUAUCAUCCCUAAUCCAGGAACUUGAUAUUAAUAGAGGUGCAAAUAUUUAGGCCCUGAUUUUAAUUUGUGCGAUUAUCAAAAGAUUCUUGAUGCAUCUCGAUUUUAAUUGAGGGAAGAAUUAUCUAAUGUUGGAUUUCUGAUUGGAAGGUCAUGAGUUCAAAUCCCCAAAAAACCAAGCAACCGUUUCUGAGUUAAAAUCUGCCACUUCGGCAAGGCCCUUUAAUGUGACUUCAGUAAAAGUGUCCCUUUAAACCUCUCACUUUAAAUAAAACACAAACGUUUUUGCUUUUAAAUGUACUUAAGUAUCCAAAAUACUAUGAUUUAUUAUAACUAUAAUA